AUGAAAUUUGUUACUAUUUGGGCAAUGCGUUUACAAUUUGCAAGUAUCACCACCAGUCUAUUCCUUUUCACAUUCUUACUCCGAUACACGUUUGCAGCAGGCCUUGAAGAAGAAGCCCUCCCUGCUCCAGGGCGAUUGCGUAAGAGCUAUCUAGAAGGUCAUCGAGAUCAUCAUAUCGAUAGGUCUAUGUCUGCUAUACUUCCUUCGAGUAGAGCACGUCAUAACAAGGCGGCUCAUGAUUAUCAGCAUCGCAUCAAUAUGAGAGAUCCCAAUUUGAUCCAUCACGAACAUGUGAUUACGUACAAAGAUAAGAAAGUCCAAUCGGUCGAAAAGCGAGAAGGUUUUAUGAAGGCAAAAAAUCCGUCCAUAUUAGCUACGUCAUAUCGGAUCGCCAGUCUUUAUGAUCCGCACCCACGUCCGGGUCGACGAAACUCUCAACCGGAUCAAAAGGUUAUUCAUGUAAAGGAAACGUCAACAGCAAAUACACCAGUAUCAGGAGAAAAAGCAGUAGAAAAAAUUACAAGCAAACAGAAAGGGAGAAGCCGACGUGCUUGA